AUGGAUUGGUUGAAUUCUGCCCUUUCUGACAGUGAUUCAGAUGAUUCCGACCAUUCUGCCAAUAAUAAUUUAAAUGAUCACAAUAUAAACACUAGUACAGUUGAUAAUAGUGAUAAUACUGACGAUAAUGUAAAUAAUAGUACAAUUGUUGACAAUAAUAAUAAUAAAAUUAGUAAUAUAAAUGACGAUAAUAAAACUGAUAAUUCAAAGGUAGAGGAAAAGGAUAUAAUAUGUAAAAAUAAAGUUGAACCAGCAGAAGUUGGUAAAAAAGAUAAAAGUGGUGGACUGUUUACAAUAAAUAGAAAAUUGAGAAGAAUAGAAAAGUUUGAUAAUGUAAAGAUAAAGUCACAAGAACUAACGGAAUCGGAUUUACUUGAAUCUCAACCCUCAAACACAGAUGAUAAACUGAAUAAUUUACCUGACUCUAAACCUUCUGAAAUAAACGAUGAUAAAGAGGUAUAUGAGGAAGGAAUUGAUUACAACGAGGCCAUGACUAGUUUUAACAAGUCAAACGUCAAUUUUGAUAAAUUACUCAAAUCAUCACAGUGGCUAGGGCCUAAAGUUAAAGUUACUGAUAUCAAAGCCGAUGAUUUACUACUCUCCAAACUUGAUAAGGAGAGAAAUUAUACUUGUAAUAAGGAAAUAUUAUAUGAGGGAGUGAAGCGGUUUAAUAUGCCAACAAGACUUAUGGAAACAGAAGAUGGUCAAGUAAUUACCACAAACGUUGCCAGAAGAACACAAAAACGAAAACAUCAAAUAAAUUGGUUGGCAAUGGAAGCCCAAGAUAAGGAGGCUGAGAUAAUGGAACAAACGAUACACAUGAGGAAGAGUAAGCGAGAAACUCAGAUGAAAUAUGGUUGGUGA